GGACGGUUCUCCAAUUUAUCGAACGCCAGAGAAAGUCAACAUUCGCGAUACUUACUCUCAAUUUCGUUUGUUAGUCACUUGCAUCGCCAUACGCAACAUGUUCCUUGUAAUCACGGUGGUUUCUACAUUAGUGGGUGCACUCGUGAAAGGACAGGAAACUAUCAGUGCAGAUAACCCUCCUGCUUAUGUGAAACAAUGCUACGAAGACGAUCCAAAGCUCACACAGUGUCUGAUAGGAGCCUUGCAUCACUUGCAACCGUAUUUAGCCACCGGUAUCAAAGAAGUGGAACUGCCAUCCGUGGAACCAUUCUUGAUGGACGAGCUGUCCCUUUCGUUGACGGGUGGUCCUAAUGGAUACAAGAUCUCACUAAAAGACAUGAACAUAUAUGGAGCAAGCAAUUUUACUAUGUCUAUGUUAAAGUUGUCCGAAAAUGGUAGACCAUUUGAAGCAAAAAUAAAUAUACCUUCUUUGAGAAUUAAUGCCAGAUACCAGAGCAGUGGUAUAUUAAUUAUUUUACCAGCUAGUGGAAAUGGAACUUUCUUAGGACAAUUCGAUAAUUUGGAUUGCAUGUUGAAAGGAAAGACAAGCGUAAAUGAAAUUCAGGGAAGACAAUAUCUUCACAUAGAUGCUCUUCAUGUUGACCUUACAGUCAAGAAAAUGAGGAUGAUGGUUAAAAAUAUUUUUAGGAAUAAUAGCAUUUUAACUGAAGCCAUUAACUUAUUUCUGAGAGAAAACGGUCAUGAAGUGUUCAAGGUGAUGUUGCCGCAAUUACGAAAAAAACUUGCUGGACUUUUUAUGGGGAUAUCUAACAAACUACUGAUGCAUGUGCCUUUAGAUGUAUUUUACCUACAAAAAGCAAAAGAACUUUCUUAAAACUAUAUCUAGUUCAAUAAUUAAUAAUAUGUUUGCAUUCUAAUAUUAUAUUAGGUAUUUAUUUUGUAAAUAGUUAUAGCAUGAU